GUUUAACUCGCGGAUUCAAGUGUAAGUAAGGUCCUCCGGUUUGGCGCUGCGCUUGGCGAUAUCGUUUUGCUGGUUCGAGUUUUUGGGCACUGGGUUUUUGGCGAGUUUUGCGCGACAAUCGGCUGCAGGUGGUUGUGGACACGCGUGUGCGAUUCGGUAUUUGUGUAGUGUUGCUAGUGUUCUUGUGAAGUGAACGUCAAACAAAACUCUCCAAAAUGGAUGCCAUCAAGAAGAAGAUGCAGGCGAUGAAGCUGGAGAAGGACAACGCCCUGGACCGCGCCCUUCUCUGCGAGCAGCAGGCACGCGAUGCUAACCUGCGCGCCGAGAAGGCCGAGGAGGAGGCCCGUCAGCUCCAGAAGAAGAUCCAGGCCAUUGAGAACGAUCUGGAUCAGACCCAGGAGACGCUCAUGCAAGUCAACACCAAGCUGGAGGAGAAGGAGAAGGCCCUGCAGAACGCCGAAUCGGAAGUCGCCGCUCUGAACCGUCGUAUUCAGCUGCUGGAGGAGGAUCUCGAACGUUCGGAAGAACGUUUGGCAUCCGCCACCGCUAAGCUGUCAGAGGCUUCGGCCGCUGCCGACGAGAGCGAACGUGCUCGCAAGGUUCUUGAGAACCGCGCCCUGGCCGAUGAGGAGCGCAUGGACGCCCUUGAGAACCAGCUGAAGGAGGCCAGAUUCAUGGCUGAGGAGGCCGAUAAGAAAUACGAUGAGGUCGCCCGUAAAUUGGCCAUGGUUGAGGCGGAUCUUGAGCGUGCUGAGGAGCGCGCCGAAGCCGGCGAAGCCAAGAUCGUCGAGCUUGAGGAGGAACUGCGCGUGGUCGGUAACAACCUGAAGUCGCUGGAAGUCUCGGAAGAAAAGGCUAACCAACGCGAGGAAGAGUACAAGAACCAGAUCAAGACCCUCACCACCCGUCUAAAGGAGGCUGAAGCCCGAGCUGAAUUCGCUGAACGUUCCGUUCAGAAGUUGCAGAAGGAAGUCGACAGACUCGAAGAUGAGUUGACGGUCGAGCGUGCCAAGAACAAAAUGCUCCAGGAGGAGAUGGAAGCGACCCUGCACGACAUCCAGAACAUGUAAGCGGCCAGCGAUGGCAACGUGGCGCGGUCACCGUCAGCUGUGGAGGAGCGUAGUUUCCUUCGGGGCCCCCAGUGUGGGGCGUAGCUUGGCGGGGAAUCGAAAAACCCAGAAGUAGCAGUUUGAGUAGAGUGUGGAAGAGAGGACGGUCGGUCGCGAGUACCGAGAGCAGAACACGCGGUGGCACACGGGACGCGGAGUGCGGAACGCAUAUGCCAAAAUCCAUCACAGAAUCACACGCACGAACCAACUUUCACCGUUCACACACACAAUUUUUUUUGUCUGACCCCGUCAUAUGUAACCCAUAACCAGCUAAAUGGCGCUUUCUUGCCGCGUGCGCGCCCGUCUGUCGAGCGACGAACCGUUUUGCGUAAAUUACAAAAUGCGAUCUAGAAUGAGGCAGAAGCAGUCGUGUGAACCAUCCUGUGGAAGGAUCAGCCACGCGUUAGGAAGGCCGCUUUUUUUCUUCUUUACGAUAACAUUCAAAAUCUAAUCACACACGCGAGUGUGUGUGUAUGUGGUUUGUGCGCGAGGGAUGUGUUCUACAAAUGUGGAACAUCGGACACAUCGGGGUAGGGCUCAAAUUUAUUGCUAGUGCACUUUUUUUAUGCAACUGUGUAAUUGCCCGAUGCGUUUCCGUUGUAAGGGCUCGGCACACAGCCCCCUCUGAAGAUCCAUUUCCGCAACAAGUUAUAGUUUGUUUGUUUUCUUUUCAUUUUAAUAUUUCCCACUCUCACCUAGUCGUGUUUGGGUGAUAAGGGGUUUUAGUUUGCAUUUUUGAAUCAGUGCCACCACCGUGCGCAGUUGGCGGCUGAAUCGUCUUAUUUUAGAUAGCAAAUGCGCCAAGAGCGUGCGACGUAAUCAGCCUUAAGGGAGAAAGAAAUGCAGAUGCAUCGUCGAAAGCGAGAUGUUAAAGUACCGUAAUGUUAGCACUCCCAUAUGGUCCAUUCCCACGUUCCAGGUUGUUUUUUUUUACCACUAGGGGUUUCAUCAAAUGCCAUUUCUUUUAACCAUUCCCCCGUGUCCUUUCGGAUUGAGAGAACAUUCCAUUAUCAUUCCGGCAAAAAAGCUACACAUGCGAAGAACAAGUUUGUGCAAGCAUGUGUGCCUUUCGCGCAUUUAUACUCAUCGGUAUCGCCGGCGCUGACAAUUACCGGACAGUGAAGGGUUAUUUUUUUGUUUGCUUAAAUUACAAAAUUUUUUGAAACACAAUUUUUAAAAUUUGUCAUCCAACUGCCCAGGAGCAGUCUACUUAUGUUGCGUUGUAUGCGUAAGCCUAGCAAUACCAUUCCGUUAGCAGGCUUCCGUUGUUCGGAGCUUUUCCGAGCGUUCUUGUCGUAAGAUGUAUUUCAUUGAAUUUAUAACACCGUGUGGUAUUCGGUGUCGUUAGUAUUACGAAGCAUCAGCAGCAUGGACACAUUGAAAACACCAAUCGGACCCCAUUCUCGUUGAUGCUUAUUUUUUCCCCCCACUUUGUUUGGAAUUUAUUCUAGCCUUUGCAAAAUCUUCCCUGUCCCCGUCCGCGGAGCCAACAAAUGCUCGCUGGGAAGUGCAAGAACCGGCGGCAUUUAGCAGACCGUGCAGUAGACAGAGCUCUUUUCUUGAUUGUUGUGCUUGCUUGAAGCGCGUCCGUUGGUGGUCCCGUCGGUGACACGGGGUACGGUCCGAUCGCGGAUCCCUUUUUUUGCGUGCAUCCCCAUCUUCCCUUCUUAAAAAUAAGACAACGGCCUAGCGGGAGGGAUGUAUCGAGAGUAGAGUGAAUAGUUUUCCCCUACCGCGUCAGCGCAUGCCUACGAAAGGUCCUCGAAUGAGCCCGAUCAGAGAAGAAUAUUCCAGGAUGCUAAGAACGCAACAAUAAAAACGUGCCUUUAGGAGAGUUUCAAUUUUCUUAUACUUCAUGCUAGUUUAGAGAUAAGGAGAAACGGAAAAAAGACAAUCUAAAGAACGCGCGUGUGUGUGUGGUUUUUCUUUUAAGACAAGCUCCCCGAACAUUCAACACUUUUACACGAAAACACCGUUACACCACUCGAGAACACACGUCGAACGCAGUCGAAUGCGAAAAAAGAGCGAGAACCCCUUUAUUGUAUUUGAGUGUUUAUAAUAUAUUAUUUUAUCGUAAAUC